AUGUCCGAGAUCCUGCCCUACAGCGAGGACAAGAUGGGCCGCUUCGGCGCCGACCCCGAGGGCUCUGACCUCUCCUUCAGCUGUCGCCUGCAGGACACCAACUCUUUCUUCGCGGGCAACCAAGCCAAGCGACCCCCCAAGCUGGGCCAGAUCGGCCGAGCCAAGAGAGUGGUGAUCGAGGAUGACCGGAUAGACGACGUGCUGAAGGGGAUGGGGGAGAAGCCGCCGUCCGGAGUGUAA